AUGGCUAGAGGUAAUAAUCCUCCCACUGCACCACCACCAGCAGAUAGAGUUCAAAAUGCUGCUGCAUUUCAGAUAACAGGAGUGGACUUUGCUGGCCCAGUGAUUCUAAGAGAUAACUCUAAAGCUUGGAUUGCUCUUUUCACCUGUGCGGUGUAUCAUGCCGCCCACCUUGAAUUAGUGACAUCCAUAUCAACGGAGACAUUUCUACUAGCUUUUCAUCGUUUAAUAGAGGAAAACCUUCAAUCAUAUGCAGUGACAAUGGAACUAAUUUCAAAGGAGCUACCAAGUUUUAACAGUAUAUGUCUCUUUAGAGGUUCUGCAAGGAGAAAAGAAUUCUUGAAAGCUGUUGGCAUAACGCAUGUAUUAAACACUGCAGAUGGUAAAGCCUUUGGACAAGUUAAUACUGGUGCCGAUUAUUAUGCAGAUUCAAAUAUAAAAUACAUGGGUUUGGAUCUGAUUGAUGUACCUCGAACAAGAAUCAUUGAUUAUUUUGGAACUGGAAUUAAUUUUAUAGACCAAGCAGUAAACAGUGGAGGUAAAAUUCUUGUCCAUUGUUUGAUGGGCUUAUCAAGAUCUGCAACAAUUGUAGCUGCAUAUUUGAUGGUAAAAAAGAAUAUGACUGCUGUAGAAGCAUUGCAUACCAUUCGAAAACAAAGAGAAGUAAGGCCAAAUGAUGGAUUUUUAGUUCAACUUUUACAGCUUGAAGCAAAGGGACUUGAAGGGAAAUGAUAUGUUGAUACCAAACAUUAUAAAGUGCUUUAAAUAUUUGAUAUAUACAAUAUAACUUUUGCAGAAUUUGCAUGUAUUUAUUGUGUAUGGAACCUCACAUUUUCAAAGCAAUAACAAACACUCAGUUGCCUUAAAAGCUAUUAAAAUAAAAUUAAAAAAAGGAUUCUUAAAUAUUUUUUUAAACAUACUAUUGCUGUAAUCUCAUAUGUUUGUUUCAUUUCAUAAAGAGCAUUUAUAACUGAGGUUUGUUUAGCCAUGAGGUAUACUUGAAUAUUGUUGAAUGCAUGUUAAUUAUAAACUUUUUAAUCUCAUAUAUAUGUGUUUGCAUUUCAUAAAGAUAGAUAUGUAUUAUAUCAGUAUUGUUUGAGUCAUAUUUCUUUUUAAUGUGGAAAGUUAAGAAUAUAUAUUAGUUUAUAUUUUAUAAAAUUCAGUACUUCUUCCAGCUUUUAAAAUCAUGUAUAAUCUUAAAAUAUUUAGAUUAUUAAUUCAUAUUUAUUUUUGAAGAAAUAACUUCUUUACUCAUGUGAAUGAGAAAAUUUUAUUUAAACAUUAAGUCUGGAGUGAAUUUUCACAAAAAUUUCCUUAAAUAGGGGUUUUCCAGAAUUACUCCAUUACUGGAUUUUGUUUCCAUUACUUCUGAAAGUUUUUAUUUUAUAUGUGUGUAUCUAUUCAGGCCUUUUUCAUAUUUAAUGUUUCCUUAUACUAGUCAUUUUUUAAUACUGUGUGCUUCAGGUCUAUUUGAAACAGAAAAAUGUGCCAGAUAGUACAUUAAGUAAAGUAUUUAACUUACUUAAGCUUAAAAUGCAAUGAGUACUAUUAAAUAAUUUGUCAAAAUUCAGUGUAGACUAAAUUUAUCCUGCUUUUUCUGAAGUUAAUUUGCUUUUCAUUAAAAAAUUAUACUCAGCCUUUCAUCCCUUGAGUGAGUCGAUAAAAUGAGUAUCACAUUCAUUUGGGGACUAAACACCAGCGGCCCUGCGACAAACUGACAACUUGUCCAGAGUAUAUGCUCACGCACCUCAGGGCUUACGGUCAAGAAAGCAAGAUAUCAGAGCACAGCAGGCCAUGGCUCACUAAGGGAUGUUGCACCAUUAGAUUUACUCCUCACAUUCUGUUAUCUGCAUUAGCAUGUUUUAUUUUUAAUAUCAAUUAGUGUAUGCUGACUAACUGAGAAUGGAAUAUUUUAUUAAUCCUUUCAGUAUUAAUGUUUCUGUAUGGAGUUUUGUUAUGUGAUCUGUUAUAUUGUUUAUUGGAAUGUUCAUUAGAGAAAAUUUCAUUUGAAAUUUAGUAUUGAUCAUAACAUUUUAUCCAAAAAUGUAUUUUGGAUUAUAUGAAAAUCAUCUUUCCUUUUUGCUGUAUGAAAUUCUUAGCAUUUUAUGCUUGAAUUAAUUAUUAAAAAAGUCAUUAAUGCUUUGUGAAAAAAUACUGCAUUUAACAAUAUAAAAAGAUGGAAGUAAAAUCAUUCAUCUAUAAAGGUAAUUUAUUUUAUUUAUUAUUAUUACUAUUAAUCAUUUCUAAAAACUGCAAUUUUUUAAAAUAAUAUUUAAUGGAAUAUUUGGUUGGUAAUUCAGAGGCUAUGUGAAAUGUGUUAUAUUUCAGAAAGGAAAAAAAUUAAAUCUUAUUCUUCUGAAGGAUUGCAUUGCUGCUAUUUUGUAUUUUUUUAGUCUCAAGUUAUUUUUGUAAUUUUAAAAGAGAUUGUAUGUUGUGACUUAUUAUAACCUUGUCAGUAUUGAUAACAUUUACUAAUGGCAAAAUAUGUAUUUUAAUAUUUUUAUACAUUUGCAUUUCUCAUAUGUCGUAUGUAUGCAAACACACAGCAAAAAAUGUUUAAGAACUUGUUUAAUAGUUAUUAUUGAAGUGGAUACUUUUAAGCAUUCAGAUGUAAUUUUUUACUGCUGUUCUUUUCUGUUAUUUGGAUGGGAGUUGACUUAUUUUAAGCUGUAUAUUUUUGGAUUAUUGAAGAAUUCUGUACUUACUUAUACUAUAAGUAUCAUUCAGUAAAUUCAGAAAACUAAAAUUUGCAUAUUCAAUUUUAUAACAGUAAUAAAAAUAAGUUGUCUGAUUUUUUGAUAAUUACAACAAAGCAUAUCAUUGCAUUUAUAUUAAGGUCAAAUUGCAUUAUUAUUUCUAAAAAAUUAAUUAGCAGAUAAAGUGUAGUAUAUUCAUACACAUUACCUGAAAACUUGAUGUGUGACAAGUAGCAUUUCAGUUUCCAAAUAAUUACCAUAUUUGCUGGCGUUAUAAGAUGCACCCCCUUUUUUAUACACAUUUUGAAGGUUAUUGUAAUGAAUGUCUGAUCAUUGUAAUGAAUUUACAGUAUUUUAAGUAUAAAGCAAUACAAAGUAAUACUUUCUGAAAAUACCCAAUCUAUAUGAGAAAGAACAUCUUUUAAUCUUUGUCGUCAAAACCAAAACACUCAUCUCCAGAGUUAAAUGAAGAGUCACUUGAAACCUCUUCCAAAUCAGCAUCUGAGUCCUCAUAUAACAAAUUGUCCUCUGUACCAUCUAGUGCAUUACUAAUGCCACACUUCUUAAAGGAUUUAACCACUGUCUCUGUUUACACAACAGCCCAUGAAGCUUUGACGCAGUAUCGACGUAUAAGAUGCACCCCGUUUUUCAGACCUAUUUUCAAAGAAAAAAGUGUGUUGUAUAUGCUGGCAAAUGCGGUACUUAUUUUCUUGUUGAUUUUUGCAGAAAAAGUAUUCCUUCCAUGUUCAAGUAAGACUGCUAUCUAACAUUUUUUUACCUUUUAGAAAAAUUGCAUUUGAACUAAACCAAUAAACAUUUAAUUAUUCAAAAAUUAAUGAAAUUGACUAAUAUUUAAUGAUUUCCCAUUGAGUUUUGUUUUGUUUUAUGUGUAUUUUUUACUUUUGCCGUUUAUUUGCAAAUUAAUUUAAGUAUUUUCUACAUUUUUCUAGUUAUUUUGUUUACCUAUGAAAUAAUUUAGUUUAUAUUGCAUGGAAUAGUUUUUGGUCUAAAAAUAUAUGAGAAAGUUUAUUACUGAAAAAAUGAAAAUGUGAGAAAGUUAUGAUUAUAUUAUAUUAAGAUCCCUAUAAUAGAUUUUUUUUGUCUCAUUUUAGUAAUUUUUUUCACCCAAAUGCAUUUUCAACAACAUAUAAAUUUUAAAAAUAUGGUCAAUUUUUAAUUUUGAGUUUAUAAAUAAGUUAAUCAUGUAAUUUCAUCAAGAAUACAUAACUGAAUUAAUUAUUUCUCCUAAAGUUUUGCAAUAUAAUUAUUUAACUUAUACACUUACACUUAUUGGUAAACUUUCUUGCUAAAUUUCAAUGUGGGUGAUUUACUUGAAAAUGCUAAGGAAGUGGUAAAAAUUUUUUUCUAUUUUUCAUCAGUUGGAUGAAAAUUUAGAAAGAGUUAAGAGACAGAUUUAGUUUUAGUGCUAGAAAGUCUUCUUUGGAUUGUACUUAGAGUUUUUUGAAAUAGUAUUUAAAAUGCAUUUGAAAUUAAUAAUCAUCAGUUUCACAUAUCAAACAUUAUCACUAAGUAAAAAAUCUAAUCUAAUUAAUAACAUGAAAAUUUUUUGAGUUUGUGAUAUUUGUAUGCUGUGAAAUUCUCAUAUGAUAGCAUCAUAAAAAAAAAAAAAAAAAAAAAAAAAAAAA